AAGAAUAAGGAAAAAGAAGCGCCAGAGUCUGCGCAAAACGAACAGGUCUAGUGGUCGCGCUGCUUGUGCUGUCACGAGCCUUGUCCAAGGCUACCGAGUAGUGAAUUGACAUAAAUUAUUGACGACAUCGAAUUGCCUUCGUUUAGCCAUCGCACAUACGUCAUUAUUGGAAUAGAUACAUUGUGGAAAUACGAUGGUAUGCUGACUGAUCACGGUCAACUGGUGAUGUUUUCCAAGAUUUGAUAUAGCUAGCUAGCCAGCUAACGUUAGCUGUUUAGCUAGCUUGCCGUGCGUGACUCACUGACAAGAGUCAGAGAUCAGACUGAGUGGCAAUUUUUUGGCAUUGUGCUUUUUCUCUGAUAUCUGGAUAUAUAACGUUAAUAUAUUUCGCGGGUAGAUAUAAUUAGUUACAACUGCGUGUACUUUAACUGUCAUCUGGUCGUGAACGAAGAGAAGGUUUGAAUGAAUUUGCUAGCCAGCGGAAACGUCGGCUAGUUAACACGGAUACACUUGGAGUAACCAUACUGCUAGUUUGCUGAAUUGAUCAACGGCACUGUCAUCCAAACUAGCUAAUCUACAUACCUAGCAAGCUAUUAUAAACGUGCUAUCUUUGGUAAAACGCCAAGGAACAUAAACGGUGAAAGGUUGGUUAGCUGGCUAACUAGCUAGGACACAAGCUAACACACCCUGCACUGUAACACCUAAACGCCAGCUGACGUUUGAUAGCUGACCAUCGACAAUUAAUUUUUUACGGGAAAGGCCGGAGUGAGGACAGAAACCAGCAAAAAUGCCGGCUGUGUCGAAGGGAGAUGGGAUGCGCGGAUUAGCGGUGUUCAUUUCGGACAUACGGAAUUGUAAGAGCAAGGAGGCAGAGAUCAAGCGGAUCAAUAAGGAGCUGGCCAACAUCCGCUCCAAAUUCAAGGGGGAUAAGGCACUGGACGGCUAUAGUAAGAAGAAGUAUGUCUGCAAGCUGCUCUUCAUCUUCCUGCUCGGACAUGACAUUGACUUUGGACACAUGGAGGCUGUCAACCUGCUCAGCUCAAACAAGUACACAGAGAAACAGAUCGGCUACCUGUUCAUCUCGGUGCUGGUAAACAGCAACAGCGAGUUGAUCCGCCUCAUCAACAACGCCAUCAAGAACGACCUGUCUAGCCGCAACCCCACCUUCAUGUGCCUGGCCCUGCACUGCAUCGCCAACGUGGGCAGCCGCGAGAUGGCCGAGGCCUUCGCUGGAGAGAUACCCCGCAUUCUGGUGGCUGGGGACACCAUGGACAGUGUGAAGCAGUCUGCUGCCCUGUGUCUUCUGCGUCUGUACAAGGCCUCCCCAGACCUGGUUCUGAUGGGGGAGUGGACCUCCCGGGUGGUGCACCUCCUCAACGACCAGCACAUGGGUGUUGUCACGGCAGCCAUCUCCCUCAUCACCUGUCUCAGCUCGAAGAACCCAGAUGAGUUCAAAACCUGUGUGUCCCUGGCUGUUUCUCGUCUGAGCAGGAUUGUGUCGUCAGCCUCCACUGACCUGCAGGACUACACCUACUACUUUGUCCCAGCCCCGUGGCUGUCCUGUAAACUGCUGCGCCUGUUGCAGUGCUACCCGCCGCCAGAGGAUGGCGCCGUGAAGGGCCGCCUGGUGGAGUGUCUGGAGACCAUCCUGAACAAGGCCCAGGAACCACCCAAGUCCAAAAAGGUGCAGCACUCCAACGCCAAGAACGCCAUCCUGUUCGAGGCUAUCUCACUCAUCAUCCACUACGACAGUGAGCCCAACCUGCUGGUGCGUGCCUGUAACCAGCUAGGUCAGUUCCUGCAGCACAGAGAGACCAAUCUGCGCUACCUGGCUCUGGAGAGCAUGUGUACCCUGGCCAGCUCGGAGUUCUCCCAUGAGGCCGUCAAGACGCACAUCGAGACCGUCAUCAACGCACUCAAGACUGAAAGGGAUGUGAGUGUUCGCCAGAGGGCUGCUGACCUGCUCUACGCCAUGUGUGACCGUAGCAACGCCAAGCAGAUUGUUGCCGAGAUGCUCAGCUACCUGGAGACAGCAGACUACUCCAUCAGAGAGGAGAUGGUGUUGAAGGUGGCCAUCCUGGCAGAAAAGUAUGCGGUGGACUACUCAUGGUAUGUUGACACCAUCCUUAACCUCAUCCGUAUUGCCGGGGACUACGUCAGUGAGGAGGUGUGGUACCGAGUCAUCCAGAUUGUCAUCAACCGUGACGACGUGCAGGGCUACGCCGCCAAGACUGUCUUUGAGGCGCUGCAGGCCCCAGCCUGUCAUGAGAACAUGGUGAAGGUGGGGGGGUACAUCCUGGGAGAGUUUGGAAACCUCAUCGCUGGGGACCCCCGCUCCAGCCCUCUGGUCCAGUUCAACCUGCUCCACUCUAAGUUCCACCUGUGUUCGGUGCCCACGCGCGCCCUGCUGCUCUCGGCCUACAUCAAGUUCAUCAACCUGUUCCCAGAGACCAAGGCCACCAUCCAGGAGGUGCUUCGCUCCGACAGCCAGAUCAGGAACUCUGACGUGGAGCUGCAGCAGAGGGCUGUGGAGUACCUCAAGCUCUCCUCUAUUGCCAGCACCGACGUCCUGGCCACUGUGCUGGAGGAGAUGCCUCCCUUCCCAGAGAGGGAGUCCUCCAUCUUGGCCAAGCUGAAGAAGAAGAAGGGUCCGGGUGCCGUGUCGGUAGAGCUGGAGGACGGCAAGGAGAGAGGAGAGCUCAACGGUGGAGGGGACAGGGCGGGUGACGCUGCCAUCGCAGCCUCUAACGCUUCCACCCCCUCCCCUUCAGCGGAUCUGCUUGGCCUUCGUUCGGCCGCUCCUGUUAGUGGGGCCACUCCCAGUGCAGGCAGCCUAUUGGUUGAUGUGUUUUCAGAGGCGGGGCCUGCUGCCACUUCUGCUGGCGUGAACGACGACGGCUUCCUGAGCGCUCUUCACGCUCCAGAGGCCUCUGACUCCCCAUUGGUGGAGGGUCCUGGUGACUCGGACUCUGCUCCCCCUACUGCGGCCUCUGAGGAUCCUGCCCCUCUGCCCGAGUCAGACGAGCUUCUCAACAAAUUUGUGUGUAAGAACAACGGUGUGUUGUUUGAGAACCAGCUGCUUCAGAUCGGCAUCAAGUCUGAGUACCGUCAGAACCUGGGGAGGAUGUAUCUGUUCUAUGGCAAUAAAACCUCGGUGCAGUUUGUCAGCUUUAACACCACAGUCAGCUGCCCAGGGGAGCUGCAGUCUCAGCUCAACGUGCAGACCAAAACAGUGGAACCCCUAGUGGAGGGAGGAGCACAGGUGCAGCAAGUCAUCAAUAUCGAGUGUCUGACCGACUUCAUUGACGCUCCGCUGCUCAACAUCAAGUUCAGGUAUGGGGGAGCCCUGCAGAACAUCUCUCUCAAGCUGCCUGUCACCAUCAACAAGUUCUUCCAACCCACAGAGAUGGCCGCCGCAGACUUCUUCCAGCGCUGGAAACAACUCAGCCAGCCCCAGCAAGAAGCACAAAAGAUCUUCAAGGCCAGUCAUGGCAUGGACACAGAAGUGCUCAAGGCCAAGUUGCUGGGCCUGGGGACAGCCCUGUUGGAGAAUGUGGAUCCUAACCCAGAGAACUAUGUGUGUGCUGGAGUCAUCCAGACCAAGGCCCAACAGGUCGGCUGUCUGCUGAGACUGGAACCCAAUGCGCAGGCCCAGAUGUACCGGCUGACUCUGCGCAGCAGCAAGGACACCGUUUCCCAGCGCGUCUGUGACCUCCUGGCAGAACAGUUCUGAAACCCUGAGUCUACAGCCCACCCAACGCAAUCCAGGCCAUCAUCAUCACCGCGCUCUAGACACCCAACACACCGAGACCAGUGUUUCAACCCCCCCGAACAAAGAAUCAAUGAGAAGAAAGAAAAAUACCUACAUAAGGGAAAAAAAGCAGCCGUUGCCACUUACACGACUGCCCUAUUAUUAUUGUCAUUAUGUCAUUUAUUAUUUUUGCCACGAUUAUAAUUCCGAUUCUUAUUUUUAUUACUGUUUAUUAUCAUUGGCGCUACAAUUUUUGUUUUUUUUCUGGUGUUUACCUGCUUACCUAUAAGUGUGUGUGUGUUCCAGAAUCGUGCUGGUAUGCGUGUCCUGUUCUUCUCCGUCCUGUCUGUUUAAGCCCUGAUUACUCCUGUACUUCUGAUGACAGCUGGUGUCCGUGCCUGUGUGAUGCAUGGGGAGGGUGGAAGAUUCUGUGCGUUGAUUCCGCGACAUUUCAACCUUAGACUAUUCCUGGGAGUUGCAUGGGAGGACCAGUUCUACACACACACACGUAAUACACACCCAGAUACUCUCACAUGUAGGCAGAUACAUGCAUAUAUUUGUACAUGCUUAAGUGUCUGUGUAAAGUAUCUGUAUAGAGUCCUCCUUUAAUGGGAGGGAGGGGUUAAACGAAAUCACUAAAGAAAUGGGACUCUUCUGUGUAAGGGUCCAAAACGACACUCUAAACCCCCACCUUCACCCCAACCCCAUCUCUUCUCCACCCUUUGCUGUCCCAGUCCCCCACCGGUUAUACAUUCCAAGGGCCUCUAUCAGUAUAAUCCCUGAGAUAUAAUAUUCCAUUAAAAAAAAUUGGCACAUUCCCAAGUCUACAGUUCCAGCUCUAUUCCAGUAGAAAUGGCCAGUGCACUUUAGGUGGUUCUAAGAGACCUCAGUCCUUCAAUACUCCUCAAACACAUACACACACCACUCCUCUCCCACUUCCCCUGUCUUUCUGGCGUGUAACCAUACUUUAUACAUAAACUCAAAUGAUUCUGUACCUGUUCAUGGUAUAUAUAUAUAUAUCUAUAUAUAUAUAUAAAAGAAUGUAAUUACUUUAUCUUUUUUGUUGUCAUCUUUACUUUUAUUAGUAGUGGAGUUAUUGAAGUGUUUGUUUCUUUAAUGGUGUAAUGUAGUUGCUUUGUGUGUGUGUGUGUGUGUGUGUGUGAGAGAGCGAGAGUAGGGAUAGCUGUGUACCCUGCGAAUUGGGUAGAGGGGUCAGCUAGAAGGAGAGCGAGAUUGAGGGAGAGAGUAGCAGGGUAGCUGGCUUUGUUUACAGUGUUAAUCAGACAGCGGUGAGGUUAACACUUGACUUAAACCUGUCAUAAAGCCUACUUACCACCAUCAUAAUUAAGUGUUUAUUUCAGAUUAGCAAUGUUUUUUGACACUUGAGGCAGGGAACAUUGGUUGAGAACUGACAUGGGCUGUUUUACGACAGUUUAUGAAAUGUUUGACGUGCAUAAGCAAGCAUUGAGCAAGUCCCAUUGAUGGGGAGUUCAGGUGGUAGUUGGAAGGAGUUAGAGGGCAGUGGGCCAGUCCGUGUUCACAUGAAGAGUGAAGCGGCAGAGCAGAGGCCUAGUAUUCGUUAUUUAAAUUUUUUCGUGCUGAAAAGAGAGAUGGGAUUGGAGAGUAGAGUGCUGCUUGACACCGUGAUUGACUGAAAAAAGAGGAGUACCUCAGAACUUGAUCUCUAAACACGCACAGGCUUGUGCACACACACAUCACAAAUACUUACCUUAUGGUAUUAAUUGGGAGAAGAUAGCAAUCUGCAAAUAGAUUGAUUAUAAUCUUUGAAAAUACAACCAACCACAAAGACACUGGACAGCACUUAUCUGGAAACUCACAUUUCAGACACGCACCCACAUGUCCAUUCUUAGAGAUGAGAGGGAGGAGGAGAGAACUCAAAGACCAAUUGUCAAUCACAACUACCAGGAUCUAGUCAUCAGGGGUGGGCAUCGCGUGUGUGUGUCGGUGUACCACGUGAUAAAAAUAUCCUAAAUUAUCUUUGAGACAUGGUCAUAUUAGUUUCAACAGGAGUCACUUAUAUGUCUAACCCAUGCAGCAUUAGUUGGACAGUCUGAUCAUUGUAGUGGAAACUGUAGAAUAAUUUUGUGUGUGUGUGUGUGCAGUAUCCGCUAGCUAAUGCAGCCCUGUGUAUUGGUGUUAAACCUGUGAGAUACCUGUGUUAGAUUUAAGAUUUACUCUGUACUGAAUAAUGUGAAAGUAAAACUAUGCCAUAUACUCUA